AUGGAACGUUACACGUCUGUGUUAAAACAAUUCUAUUUGAAAUACGUUUUCUGUUUCCUAUGGAUCGUUAUGAUGCUCUUACUUCUGCACAGAGAUCUGAGCCGUUGGGACGGACUGAUGGGAGCUCUUUCCUAUCCAGGACUGGGUGAGAACGGAACGGCCUCCUAUUUGACUGUGCCCUCGUUGGAAAUCGAUGCGUAUACGCAGGGUUGGCAGCGAUACACCUAUAACGCCUGGUUGGCAGAAAGAAUUUCCCUGUGGCGAACAUUGCCAGAUUUGCGAGAUCCCCGAUGUCUAAACUUAACAUACGCUGAAGAUGAAAUGAAACCAGUCAGUAUUAUUGUGAUAUUUCGGAACGAACAGCUCGUAGUUCUGCUAAGAACAUUGCACAGUUUGGUGGAUAGGACUCCAAAGGACCUUUUUUCCGAACUUAUUCUGGUGAACGAUUAUAGUGAUAUGGAUUUCUGGAAGGAUAAACUAUCGCUAUUCAUAUUCGACAAUUAUGUGCUCAAGUAUAUUCAUCCAAAAGCGCGAAUAAUUCAUCUUAACGAACACAUAGGAUUAAUCCAAGCCCGUGUUUUGGCGUCCAAGACUGCCAAAGCUGAUAACCUGGUUUUCAUUGACGCACAAGUUGAGUUUACCAAUGGAUGGUUGACCCCGUUGCUUAGUACAAUUUUGGAGCAGAGUCUUACCAUGGCCACUCCCAUUCUGGAUGAGCUUGAUGAGCGGAACUUGGCUUACCAUCGAUCUGUCGAGAUGCGAGGAAUUUUCGAUUGGAGUCUGAGACGACGAGAAGUUCCCCUGCCAGAGGAUGUGAGAAAUCGGCUCCCAAGGCACUACAAUGUGGCUCUUGCAAGGACUUCCGUGUUUGCCAUUCCAGCUCAGUGGUUUCAGGAUCUCUCGAAUUUCGAUAAAAAUCUCCGAGGGUCUGGCGCCGCUGAGCUCGAACUAAGUUUUAAGGUCUGGAGAACUGGUGGGCGUAUAGUUCAAGUUCCCUGCUCCAGAGUUGGCCAUUUGCAGCCUAAGGAUCAGGACUACCUAAAGCGAUAUGGUAGUCUCCAUAAUAUGGGCAAAGAACUUUUAUGGAAUCUCAAACGCAUUUUGGAAGUGUGGAUAGAUGAUCCGGAUCUGAGGUCGAUCUUCUACAAAUACAAUCCCGAUCUCGUACAUUUUCCACUGCACGAUCUCAGAAAAUCUUAUAAAAUAUUCGAUGAUUACGACUGUCAAUCGAUCAAAUCGUUUAUAAAAGAAGUCAUGCCAGAACUGGAAAAGAUUACACCGACCAAUCGUUCAUAUUAUGCCUCUGGAUUUGUAAAACCUCUGGAAUUUCCAAAAAGCUGCCUUACAAUUCAUUCAGAAAAAAAGACAAUUAGUCUGGAGCCCUGCAAGGCAAAUUAUACCCUUCAAAUAUGGAGUCUUACCUACCUCAAUGAUCUCCGAAUUGUUAAUCAAAUUUGCGCCGAAGUGCAACCAAAUCUAAAAUUGGGUUUCGAUUUGUGCCACAUGUUGGGAGGUCGGCAAAGUUGGCACUAUGAUGCACUUAACAACCAACUAGUAAGCAAUACGAUGUGUCUGGAAUUGGGAGGUCAGUACAACAUGUUUUUGGCUCAUUGCGAUAAAUCAAAUAGAAAACAGAGAUGGAUACUCGAUAAUACCAAUAUAAGCGUCAUGCAAUCAGCAAAUAAUUAAGGAUAGAUUUAGUAAUCGCAUGUUUUUAAAACUUUUAUUUAUUAUACAAAACAAAAGCUAUUUGUUCUUUUGAAACUAUACAGAAACUACCUCUGGAUACCCAUGACAAAAGAUUUUGCAAGAAAUCAGCAAAAAUGUAAUUAAGUUAGAUACAAUAUUUAAUAAACAAUGGCGAACUUGUAAAGUAAGCUUACAUUACAGUUCCGAGUUCUCUCUUUGUAUUUUAUCUUAAACUAACCGUAAAUAAGUCGAAAUAAAAUAAACCAAUUUUAGGAGCAAAAUUA